AUGUUGAAUUGGAAUGGUCAGCCUAUAUUAGCAUAUCUGAGUUGUCGUACUGGUGAGCAACUAGAUAAGAUUUAUUCAUCUCCUGCAGUUUCGUUUGCCAUUUUUCGACUUUUGCCGGAGCUUUCUCAACUACUGAUUCUAAAAUCGAUGUGGUUACGAGACCCUGUUUAUCGACGUGCUUACCUUAAAGCAACUCAUGUUGGGCAAUAUCGAGCAUCAAAACUUUUUGUGGUGACUAACUGUGACGAAAAAAUUCGCAAAUCGGCAAAUAAAGAUCUUGGAAAAAAAGCUAUUGAAAGAUGGGAAUGCAUAUUGUAUUAUUUAGCUUUACCAUCACAAAAAAGUGAGCAAGGCGUUAGUGGUACAACCAAGCUGCUGUUCAGGUCUGCUGGGUUAACAAGUUCUAACAAUGGUGAUGAAUAUAUGGAAAUAACAUCAGCUGGUUUCCAAUUCCUUUUGCUUAGUCGAACGGAGCAAAUCUGGACCUAUCUGUUACAUUAUUUUUGUAUGCAAGAGACUGAUGGCAACGAUAUUAUAAUCAAAUUGGAUUUCUUAUUUAGAUUAACGUUAUUUUCUGGUUGUACAUACAGUGUUGCCAAGUUCAGCAGUGCUUCAUUCAGUAGAGAUCGACUUUCUAGCAGUAAGGCAUUUAUGAUCGAUGAAAAUUGGCCAGAAUCGAUCAAAGAUUUCUUAAUGCAUCUCAGGGAAUUGGGACUUAUUUUUAUAAGAAAGCGGAAAGACGGGUUUUUUUUCCUUACUCCUUUGCUCAAUCAUUUGGCCAGUUCUUUUUGUGCAUCAAAAACAAGUUUGGAGAAGCGCAAUCAGCACGGGUUUGUAAUCGUAGAAACGAAUUAUAGAGUUUAUGCAUACACAGAUUCGAACUUGCAGCUUGCAAUACUUUCGACGUUUACAGAAAUGCUUUACAGAUUUAACGAUAUGUGUGUAGGUUUGUUGUCUCGCGAAGCUGUUAGAAGAGCUUUUCAGGUUGGUAUAACAGCAACACAAAUCAUCUCCUAUUUACGUGCAAAUGCUCAUCCAUCGGUUUUGACUACAAAUUCUGGAAAAAUAAUUGAAAGCGUACCAAUAACUGUAACCGAUCAAAUACAACUGUGGGAGGAUGAGAAACAACGCUUGACGUUCUCAGAUGCUGCUGUUUACUCAUCGUUUGAUUCUGAAGAAGAAUACUUCACUUUGAAAGAAUACGUAUUUUGUUGUGGUCGGACAGUGCUCAGAAGCUAA